UGUCUGUCUUUCUCUCUGGUAUAUAUUAUCUUUCAUCAUCGACACAACCCUCAGGUCUACGAUAUGAGUAAGAUGUGUGAAUAAGACGUUAACCAGACCAGUGAUUCAUCCCUCUAGUUACUAUGGCAGCCGUUGAGAGACCGUGACCAGUCCCUCGUUCCGAAUGGAGCCCAGCAGCAAAGGAUGACGUGACGUCAUGUCGCCAGGGCGACCAGGCUCCCCGAGGCACGUGUCCUGUAUAAAAACGGAAGGCGGCACUGUGAAUUGCGCACACAGACUCAAGAAGCAUCAUCCGUGAGGUAAGCCGCAAGACCGUUUUACCCUUCAGUAAUUUAAUCCCCCCCAAGCAGCAGCAACCAUGUCAGACCUCUGUGUUGGAAUCAAUGGCUUCGGUCGCAUUGGCCGUCUGGUCUUGAGGGCUUGCCUUCAGAAAGGCAUCAAGGUUGUGGCCAUCAAUGACCCCUUCAUUGACUUGCAGUACAUGGUCUACAUGUUCAAGUAUGAUUCCACCCACGGCCGUUACCAUGGUGAGGUCUCCCAAGAGGAUGGCAAGCUCAUCGUCGAUGGCAACGCCAUCUCUGUCUUCCAGUGUAUGAAGCCAGCAGAGAUCCCUUGGGGCAAUGCUGGAGCCAAGUACGUUGUCGAGUCCACUGGAGUCUUCCUCAGUGUGGAGAAGGCCUCUUCUCAUCUCCAGGGCGGAGCUAAGCGUGUGGUUGUGUCCGCCCCCUCACCUGAUGCUCCAAUGUUUGUCAUGGGAGUUAACGAGGACAAAUACGACCCCUCCUCCAUGACCAUCGUCAGCAAUGCCUCCUGCACCACCAACUGCCUGGCCCCCCUGGCCAAAGUCAUCCAUGACAACUUUGGCAUUGAGGAGGCUCUCAUGACUACAGUCCAUGCUUACACAGCCACCCAGAAGACAGUGGACGGUCCCAGCGCCAAAGCCUGGCGUGAUGGCCGCGGUGCCCACCAGAACAUCAUUCCAGCCUCCACUGGUGCCGCCAAGGCAGUUGGCAAAGUCAUCCCCGAACUCAACGGUAAGCUGACAGGGAUGGCGUUCAGGGUGCCAGUGGCUGAUGUGUCAGUGGUGGACCUGACAUGCCGUCUGUCCAAGCCUGCAUCUUACUCAGAGAUUAAGGAAGCCUGCAAGAAGGCUGCACAUGGGCCCAUGAAGGGAGUGCUGGGUUACACCGAGGACCAGGUGGUGUCCUCUGACUUCAUCGGUGACACCCACUCCUCCAUCUUUGAUGCUGGUGCCGGCAUCUCCCUCAACGACAACUUUGUCAAGCUCAUUUCCUGGUAUGAUAACGAGUUCGGCUACAGCCACCGUGUCGCUGACCUGCUGAUGUACAUGCACUCCAAGGAGUAGACAUUUCCUGUCCAAAAAGGAAGUCAGGAAAGGGACCACCCCAACCAUCCUCCUACCCCCUCCCUUCUCUUUUACACACGGGCCCCACCCAUAGCCAAGUCAUAGCAUCACGGCCCUUAGCUCUACUCUACUACUACUACGUAGGCAGCAGCAACAGUGUGUUUGAGUGUUCUGAGUUUAUCUGUUUUUUCCUUUAAUGACGAGAUGAUCGGUCGGUGAUAGUAAUUGUGUCUGUGUGCCCCCUCUCCACCUCCCACUGCCACUUUAGAUGUGUCGUUAUGGCUCAGUACUAUGGUAAUUACUGUAUCCAUCUCCCUUUUGGUGUGUUUUAAAGGCUUAAUCACCAGUGGAAGGAAGAAGCUGAGAGGCAGAGCUACUGAAACUCCGCUUAAGAGUAAUGAGAUAAAGAAAUAAAACUCGAAAAACCUCAA